CUCACCUCCACGUUCGCAAUCAUCUGAGUCUCACACCUGCAAUUUCUCACAUCGCGUCAAAGUCACGCGCAACCAGGAAUCUAGGGUUCGAACCUCGCCAAUCGCCAUGGACACCGGAGGAAAAUCGAAGAAAGGUGCCGGAGGAAGAAAAGCUGGUGGCCCAAAGAAGAAGCCAGUUUCGAGAUCGGUGAAGGCUGGUCUCCAAUUCCCCGUCGGAAGAAUCGGACGGUACUUGAAGAAAGGAAGGUAUGCUCAGCGUGUCGGAACCGGUGCUCCGGUGUACCUUGCUGCUGUUCUGGAGUAUCUCGCUGCUGAGGUGCUUGAGUUGGCUGGAAAUGCUGCUCGUGACAACAAGAAGAACAGGAUUAUCCCGAGGCAUGUUCUGCUUGCUGUGAGGAACGAUGAGGAGCUUGGGAAAUUGCUUGCUGGAGUCACCAUUGCUCAUGGUGGUGUUCUUCCCAACAUCAACCCUGUGCUUCUGCCUAAGAAGACUGCUGAGAAAGCUCCUAAGGAGUCAAAGUCUCCUCCUAAGAAGGCUGGAAAGUCUCCCAAGAAAGCUUAGAUUAUCAAGUUAGGCUGAUUUCUGAUUCUAGAUUGUUCAUGUUGUGUUUGGUUUGUAAAUUUGCAAUUAGGUGGUUCUUCUGUGAUAAAAAGUAUUCAAUGUGUUUGAAAGAAUGUAAUUCUGAUUUCACUGUUGUUCUUAGUAUUUAUAAUAAGCAAUUUCUGGGAUUAUCAA